UGCGAGAGUACACUGAAAAGGCGAAAUAUUAUUCCCUUGACUAACUGACGUUCGUCAUGCAAAUGUAUUAAAAGUGAAUGACGACGUUGAAAAUAUUUUAAAUUUAUUUUCGCUUUGAUUUAUAUCUUUAAUAUAUCAGCAAAAUUUUUUUCCCCUUUGUUCCAUAAAACUUUCAAAUUAUCUUACAUAUUUUUUAUUUAAUAAACUAUUUAUAAUUACUUCAAUAAAUUUUAUCAAUAAAAAAAUUAAUUGUUUAAGACAUCAAAUUUUAUUUGUCUUGAAUGACUUUUUGUUUAUUUAAAAAUAUAAUGUACAUGUGAAUGAUCUAGAGUUGUGUCUCAAGCUUAUUCAUUGAAUGAUAAAUUACAGAAAAAAGUGAUAAACUCGAGUUACAAAAGUUCGACAGCAUAGUUAAUUACCGGUGUGUAAUGAAAAUCGUAAUUAUCGUGUGAAAUACGAAAUUGCAAUGACUUUAAUGAACAAAGUAUAUUCUAUGGAGCGACAGAAUAGAAAAAAAGAAAUAAUUAAAAACGAAUGAGUGUUUUGUAAUUAAAAAAAUCAAUAAGCCUCGGUGAAUUUUAUUUUAUUUAUUUAAUUGUGAAUCAAGAAUAUAUAAUACGUAGUGGAUAUAUUUUUUACUGAGAUAACAUUUUGUAGAGACAUGAAGCUGACACUUGUACAAUAUUUUAUCGUGAUAGUUUUGUCUUUUGUAGACAAAAGCGCUGGAGGCAGCUGUAAAGCAGCAAAGCUAUGCUGUCAAGGACGUGAUUCUGGAUGUGUUAUUCAAAAAGUUUCGCCAAAUGCGAUAAUUGAGAGUCCCAAAGAUAAGCCGUGCUACUGUGACCACGCUUGUCUUAAAUUAAAUGAUUGCUGUGAUGAUUUUCGUGAAACUUGCAGUGUUGUCGACUGUACAGUAAGUGAAUGGGGAACCUGGUCAGCUUGUGAUAAUUUAUGUGGUGUGGGUAUACAGUCAAGAAUACGUGUGAUCACACAAUCUAAACAGAAUGGAGGAAAACAUUGUCCACAACUUGAACAAUCAAGGAUAUGUCAAGAACACAUUGGAUGUCGCCAUCGAGAAAAAGAUUUGUAUGCAAAUAACGUGACUUUACUCAUGACAUGGUCUGAGGUGAAUUUCAAGUUGAAUGAGACAACGAUCGCAGUUCACGGAGUUUGCUCCACUUUUACGGUCAUUUGGGCAUCUCGAGCAUGUGGCAAGGAUUUUCCGGGUAUAACUCUAGGUACACAAAUAUGUGUCAUCUGUAAAAAUAACACAGGAAAUGGAAACUGCCGGAAUGAAAAUCCUUUGGGAUCAACAGGAAUCGGCAGGUGGAAAAUAAUGACGUCCACAUCAACACGAUGUCAUGGAAAAUGGAUUGACAGUACAGAUAUCAGACAACAGUGUGAUCCAAGCAAUUGCAAAAAUAAAAUGUUUUUCGUGUAUAUCUAAGAUUAAACCGUCCAUCAGACUUUUUUUCAACUAAAACGAA